AGGAAACAUCAUGUACGUAAUUUCUCUGUUUCAUUUUUUCGCAGUCAUUCCACUAAGUUCUUCUUAUAAAUUCCUGAUCUAUAGUCCUUUUCUGGGACAUAGUCACAUCAAAUUUUUUGGAAGUAUGGCAGAUGUGCUCAAGGAGGCAGGCCAUGACGUGACGGUUCUAAUGCCUGAAGUUGAUGAAGAGCAUCUAAAUUAUACAGGUGUGGAAAGUACAGCACGGAUAAUUCGCACACCUGGCGAUCCGAGGACUUCAGAGAUACUGAAGAGUGCCAAGCAGGUACAAGUGCGAAACAUAUGGAAUAUAGCUUCAUCUCCGCUAUCAAUGAUUCAAGUGAUGACGAAUGCCAGUGCCAGCAUGGCAUACCUGUGCGAAUCACUACUAAACGACGAUCAACUGCUAAAAACUUUGCUUGAAGAGGAUUUCGACGUUGGUAUCGCUGAAUCGGAUAUUUGUGCACUAGGGAUCUUUGAAUUGCUGAACAUUACAACUACGAUAGCUGUCACAACAAACCCUCACUUGGAUUCUUUGGCAUAUGCAAUCGGCGAACCGACAUUUCCAAGUUAUGUACCAGGCAUACUGAGCACUACAAGCGACAGAAUGUCUUUCAUUGGGAGACUGCAAAACAUUAUGGCUCUGUUGGUUGGUAGGGGUUUGAUGCAAUACCUUUAUGAGGCUGAGGAAGAAGUCUUCGUAGCUCGUUACGGCUCAUUCAAAAGCUAUAACGAGCUGCUUGCCCAGUCAUCGUUUGCUUUCACGAAUGGAAAUCCCUAUCUAGAUUUUCCUCAUCCGACAUUGCAUAAGACAGUAAUGAUUGGUGGAUUCGUUGUCACCAGAGCCAUGAAAAAGAAGCAUACGCUACCAAAGGAAUACGACACCCUCCUGCGCGCUUACAAGCACACAAUAUUGAUAUCAUUCGGAUCGGUGGUGAGAUCUGUAGAUAUGCCAGCAAACAUCAAGCAAACACUUCUUCGCGUCUUUGCUCUGCUGCCGGAUGUCGGCUUCAUCUGGAAAUAUGAAGAACCAAAUUCUACAAUUGCCGACUCGUUGCCAAACGUUGUUGUCAGCCAAUGGCUCCCUCAAAUUGCCCUUUUGAAAGACGAGCGCGUAUCGGCUUUUCUCACUCAUGGUGGAGUUGGCAGUUGUAAUGAAGUGGCGUACUCAGGCAAACCAGUGUUGGUGGUCCCAAUAUUUGGUGAUCAGAUGCGAAACGGUCACAUGCUGGCUCGACAUGGCGGGGCGCUUAUUCUUGACAAAUCGGAUCUUGCUGAUGUUGUGAAACUCAAAAAUGCUUUCGAAGAGAUUCUGCACAAUUCCAAGUACAAGGAAAAUGCGCUGAAGCUUUCACAGAUGCUUCGAAAUCAGCCGAUCCCUCCCGAGCGGUUGCUCGUUACUCAUGCGGAAUUUGCAGCUAGAUUUGGAAAAUUGCCCAAUCUCGACCCAUAUGGACGUCACCUUUACAUGGCACAGUACUUUUUGCUAGACAUAAUAGCAGUUGCUAUAGCUGCUGAUUCCGUUUCACUGUCACCAAUGGGUUCAGCAAGAUUGGCCGCCUAUGCAGGAAUAGGCCUAUCAUCCGUCUGCUUGAUAGUUACUGUACUAUAUCUGCCAAUCUUCAUUUCGAAGAUACAAGCCAUUCAAACAAGACUAGCUAAGAAUGUGGAUGAAUUCAACGUUAUGGAGGCAGAGAUCUGGGUAGAUUUACAACUAGCUCGCAUUGAAGCACCAGCACGUACGCUAAAUAAACGUCAAACGGAGGGAGAAUGCGCGUGCAGUAUGGGAAACGACUGUCCAAGUGGAGCGAAAGGCCGACCGGGCACGGAUGGCAUGGACGGUGUGCCAGGAGCUCCCGGUGAGCGCGGUGAAGUGGGUCUGCCCGGAAUCACACCCCAGCUGCAAGUGAGCGCAGGCGGUUGCCGCAUUUGCCCGGAUGGACCGCAAGGGCUUCCUGGUUAUCCUGGAAAGCCUGGACCAGAAGGUCUGCCAGGUAUUGCUGGUCCGCCAGGUACUGAAGGCCGCCCUGGAGCUGUCGGUGUGGCUGGCUCACUGGGACCUACUGGAGAACGCGGCCAAGCUGGCAAAGAUGGAGAGCCCGGCCCACAUGGAUCCCCUGGAGUACGAGGAGAGAAGGGGUCUCCUGGAAAGCGUGGUCUUCAGGGUAUGGUUGGACCUAGAGGAUAUCCUGGUCACACAGGCCCACCGGGGCAGGUUGGAUCUAUGGGAAUUGUUGGAGAAACUGGACCUAAUGGAAAAAUAGGCCCAAAUGGAUUCUCCGGCGCUCCAGGGAACUUUGGCGAACCUGGGUUGCCUGGAGAAGAUGCUGGCUAUUGUCGCUGCCCCGCUAAAAGCAAAUCUGACCAGUAUAGUUCGAAGUGA